AUGUCAGGCGAGAAGAUCCGUGAAGGCGUUUUCGCCGUCCACAAGCCGCAAGGCGUCACCUCCGCGGACGUAAUCCGCACCCUGCAGAAACACUUCAACCCCUCCAAGACCUUCAAGCCAUGGUUGGAAGAAGAGCGCGAGCGCCGCAACCGAGAGAGUGGAUUCCAGCGCAAACGUCGCCGCCACCAACGCCUAGAAGUCAAGAUCGGCCACGGCGGAACCUUGGACCCGCUCGCGACGGGCGUGCUCAUCACCGGCAUUGGCAAGGGUACAAAGUCGCUCCAGGAUUUCCUUGCUUGCACAAAAAGUUACGAGACUGUCGUCACUUUUGGCGCUGAGACCGAUACCUUCGACUGCCUUGGAAAAGUCGUGCGCCGCGCGCCCUAUGAACAUAUUACACGCGAAGCGGUGGAGAAGGCACUAGGUCAGUUCCGUGGAAAAAUCAUGCAGCAGCCGCCGAUUUUCUCUGCGCUGCGCGUGAAUGGAAAGAAGCUGUACGAGUAUGCGCGUGAGGGCAAGAUGCCACCUGUUGAGAUUAAGCACCGACCUGUGGAGGUUUUGAACAUGGAGAUUGUGGAGUGGUAUGAGUCCGGAACGCAUAGCUUCCAAUUGCCCAAGGAGGAAAUGACUGGUGAUGAGAAGGCCGUUGCGGAAAAGCUUCUUGAUCAGGGAGCUUCGACCCCAGCCGAAGGUGGUGAAGCUGCAAAGGAAGAUCCCGAGGCUUCAUCGUCCACCAAGCGGAAGUCGCCGCCUCCGGCCGACGAAGUGAAGGAUGAGAGUGCGGAAGCUGCCAAGAAGCAGAAACUAUCAGAGACUGAGGCAGCCCCCACAGCACCAGAAUCCAGUGCCCCCGAGGCUGCAGCAGAGCCUGCAGCGACGGAAACUCCUGCUGAGCCCGAGCAGCCUAAGUACCAGCCUCCAGCUGUGAAGAUCAAGAUGACCGUCACAUCGGGCUUCUAUGUUCGCUCGCUGGCCCACGACUUGGGUAAAGCCGUUGGUAGCUGCGGUCUGAUGAGCGAGCUGGUGCGCAGUCGUCAGGGUGAUUUCGUGCUCUCCCCCGAAAAGAUUUUAGAGUAUAAGGACCUUGAAGCAGGCGAAGAAGUCUGGGGACCCAAGGUGGAGAAGUUCUUGCAGGAGUGGGAGGACAAGAGGCUUGCCAAGGCUGAGGCUGAAGCUGAAGGUGCUCAAUAG